UGCAAUUUGCUAAGUCACAGAUCAACCUAGUCAGUCCCGACUCACAUGAAUAAUAAAUACAUCACCUCCUAGAUAAUUCAUGUGUUACAUGUUUUUGAUAUUUAUAGCUCAGCACUAUAUAACUAUAAUUAAGAUGAAUCAGCGGUAUUACCAAACAGGCGUUCGUGUAACCGGAUAUGUAAAGUGUUUUUUUCUUCUGAAUGCACAGAGUCGCAGCCCAGUCCGGUAGACGCUGCGGUGAGUCACUCAUUGGCAUUGAGCAGUGAUGGAGGCUGCUAACUCGACCUUUAAAGACGAGAAAAAGGCUGCUUUGAUAGCCUCGGAUGAACAAGCGACCCACAAGGAGACGCAUGAGAAGAGACCCACAUGGAGCGGGCAGAUGGAGUUCAUCCUGGCCACGGUUGGCUACGCGGUGGGGCUCGGUAAUGUCUGGAGGUUCCCCUACCUGUGCUACAGCAGCGGCGGAGGGGCAUUUUUGGUCCCCUAUCUCAUCAUGUUGAUUUUGUGUGGCAUCCCUCUGCUUCUCAUGGAGUUUGCCAUCGGACAGUUUACUCAUCUAGGUCCAGUGCACGCUCUAGCCAAAGUCUGUCCACUAUUAAAAGGUGUUGGCCUGGCCACAGUUGUGAUUUCCUACGUCUUUUGCACCUACUACAACGUGCUCAUGAGUUGGGCCCUUUUUUAUUUGGUCAACUCAUUUGGAGCAACACCUCCUUGGAAAACCUGCAACAACAGCUGGAAUGUUUUAGAGACCUGUUCCAGUGGUUUUCUUGGCAACACCUCUCAUCUACAGUCAGCCAGCCAACAGUUCUUUGAUCGCAGGCUUCUGGAGAAAACUGAUGGCAUUGAAGAUGUUGGUGGUGUUCAGUGGGAACUCUUCGGCUAUCUCUGUCUUGCCUGGGUCAUUGUGUAUUUAUGCAUCUUUAAAGGAGUCAAAUCAGCUGGCAAGGUGGUGUAUUUCACGGCUGUGUUUCCAUACGUCAUCCUGUUCGCCUUGCUCAUUAACAAUAUUCAGCUCCCAGGUGCCAAGAAGGGUAUUUUGUACUUUGUGACGCCUGUAUGGAGCAAACUUUUCGAAGUGAAGGUGUGGGUUAGAGCAGCUGCCCAAGUGUUUAAUUCCCUUGGAAUUGGUUUUGGCUCCAUGAUUUCGAUGGCGAGUUACAACAAAUUCAACAACAACAUUGUCAGGGAUACUUUGAUUGUUUCAUUUACCAACUCAUUGACGAGCAUCCUGGCUGGAUUUGUGAUCUUCUCAGCUAUUGGCUACAUGGCCCACAUACAUAAUCUCCCUGUGGAGAACAUAUCUACAGAUGGCCCGGGUCUUGUGUUUGUCGUGUACCCUGAAGUCCUCUCAACGAUGCCAGCCUUUCAGCUAUGGGCCCCUCUCUUCUUUUUUAUGUUGCUCUGUCUUGGCCUGGACAGCCAGUUUGCCACACUUGAAGUCGCUCUGACGUUCAUAAAAGAUGAAUUUGGCCCCCAAAUGCUGCGCUUUUUCAAAAGAGAAGAGGUGCUGGCCCUGGUUGUGUGCAUCAUCAGCUUUCUUCUUGGCAUUCCACACGUUACUAAGGGCGGUAUAUAUGUGUUUCAGCUGAUGGACCACUACACAGCUGUGGUGUCACUCAUGUUCCUGGCCUUCUUUGAGGUUAUAGCCGUCUGCUGGUUCUUUGGUGUCCAUCGCAUCUCUCAUAUGAUUGAGAGGAUGCUCGGGAAAUCGGUGAACAUCUACUUCCGCAUCUGCUGGUUUCUUCUGUGUCCCUUGUUAGUGCUGUGCAUACUGAUGUCCAGUAUUAUCCACUACACUCCUGUUCAGUAUGGACAGUAUAAGUACCCAUUGUGGGCUGAAUGGGUGGGCUGGUGCGUCUCACUGGUCUCUCUUAUAUGGAUCCCAAUUGGUGCUAUUCAUGAGAUCUGUAGCAACAAAGGCUCUUUUAUCUCAAGACUUAGAACAUCCCUGACUACCACCGUAGAGCUGGAUAUCGAUGACCAACUGCCGGAAAAACAAAACCUCGCCAACCCAAUGGUUGAAACAACAAUACCAUGACCACAACACAACACUCUGAUAUAGUGGAAAAUAGUUUUUUAAAUGACAGAACAAAAGUUUCACCUCAUUUUAUUAGGGAUGUGUAUAUAGUAGUUAUAAUAGUAAUUGAUAGUGGGAGUGAUGCUGGGUAACUGCAGGUGUGAAUGUAAGUGUAAAUGGUUGUCUGGAUGUGCCUUGUGAUUGACAAGUGACAAGCCCAGGGUGCACCAGCUUUUAGAUGCGCAGUACAAAAUGGAAGAAUGAAUACUAAAUUAUUCAAUAUAUUAAUUCAUUCAAAAUAAUGUUUACACCACACACUUUAACUUAACAAAUCUGGCCGUGGUGUGUGAAAGCACUUCUUUGGAAAGCUAAACAAAUAAACAAAAAGUAAGUGCUGGGAAAAUGCAAAUCCUUUGGUAUUUGAUUUCCCUAACAAUUUAGGAACAGGAUCCACGGUACAGUACACACUUGGUUGUAGCCUGUCAUGCAUACGUGGUGUUCUCACCAAAGCAACAGCUCCCACCAGGGUGUUUUUGACGUUGUAAUGCAUUGGGUUACAACUGUACGAAAUGGUUCAUCUUCAGGAAAUGAACUUGAUGUCUGUGUUUGAGAACCCUCGGACCCGUUUCCAGCUGUUAACCACUGACUCGGAGAGGAGAGCUAAAACAAAAGUUAUAAUUUAACUUCCAGAUGGCACCUUACGUGAAAUUGAAGGCGUUUGUAAUGUAAUUCUUGAGGCCAAAAAUAAUUUUUGUAGUUGGACGUGUCGCACAAGUCUAAAAUUACAUGCACAGGCUUUUCCUACCUAACAUUUUAAAGACAAAAAGCUGUUUUCCAAAGUGCUUUAAACGCAGUAAAUAUGAAUAUGAUUGAAAGCUUUAGACACUGCAUCGGAAUAUCUUGAGUGAUCAAAAACUGCACAAAAUGUAUGCACUGAUUUAUUCAACGUCAUUUUACAAUAUUUUCAGUUCAAAGUGUGAAAAUUUUUCUACAAUUUUGGGACAUAUCAACGUGGUUAUAGCAGGUUGUAUAAAGAUGUAUUGAUCAAUCAAUAAGUGUACUUAAGUUAUGUUUAUUUGACCAGGUGAUAUAACAUUACAGUUUUAGCCAAAAUGAUUCAACCUCUUCUGUUUACUCGCAACUAGGCCUGUCAAUUCAUUACAAAAAAAUGAUGCAUUAAUCAUGUGUAAACAAAGAUUAGUCACACAAUUAGUUCUGACAGCACAUGCUUCUUUCUUUACCUUAACUGCAAAUGGUUAAUUGGUUAAAAAAAAUGGUCUCUGUAUUAUGCAGGCAAGUCAUUUUCGCAAGUGUGAUUACUGUCUUAUGAAAAAUAUAUCGUUUGACAGAACUUGCAAUAGUUAUAAUAAAACCGAGAAAACAAAAACAAUUACAAUCAGGGGUCUCAAACUCAAUUUAGCACAGAGUAUUCACUUCAGAAUCACAUUUUGUGACGAUAUGUAAUGAAACUACAAUUUACUACUUCUACCAGCAGCUACAGUGACCAUGAGCAAUGGUAAUAAUUGUAAGUAAAACGUUUUUUUUAGUUUUACACUGCUGAUUUCUCCAGGAGAUGGUCAGAGACACUUACGCUAACUGGAAGUUGCUCUUUGUGUUGCCCAAUGUGUUUGUUGAGGUCAUUUUUGUAUUUGCACUGUUAUUGUGUUUAUGCUGUUCUUUCUGGUGGGAUUCAAGAUUGCAAGAAUAUAUUUAACUAUGAGCUGCCGAUGGUGCGUGGGCCGCAUUUACAUUACACUAGGAAGUCAAGUGGAGGGCCACAAAAUAUGAGUUUGAGACUCCUGAUUUUUUUAGUUGAAAAAAACAGCUGCCAUCUGUUGUACAGUUUGAAAAUUAAUACAAUGAAUAUUUUGGAGUGAAACUGUCAAUUUUCCACCCAAGCCUUUGUCUUGAGCUUAUUUUAACUCAAAGAGUGCAUUUAUUUUUGGUAUUGUUGGGUUUUAACUUUUCAUUUUAAAAAAGGAGUCCAUUUCAUACACUCCUAAUGCACGUCCUGUAACUGGUAUGCACAUUUUUUUUUUUUUUUUUACCAGCAGAGGGUGCUACAAUACAUACGAUUUACAUUUAUAAUUGUGGUACUGCUACCUCACCUUUGUACUGUAUUUGCAUUCAUACAACCUGCCUUAUUGCAAAAUUUGUAUAAUCAUGUGCACAACAUAUAUGCAUUUUAUAUACACAAUUUCAUCAUAACAUGUUAAUUAAACUGUAUGCAACGUCGGUCUUUAUUCUUUUUUUUUUACAUUUUAAUAUUUUGUUUCUUGUUACCCAUAACUCAAGUUGAUUUAUGUUAUGUUGGUCAAUAAAAAAUGCUCUUAUGCUAUUUGUAUUUGUGUCACUUGGUGGCAGUAUAGAGGCAGAGUAGAACUCUAAAGCAAUCUCAAUAUUUUCUGCAAAAUAGAGGUGGCUUACCCUUGAAUGUGUGUUUCUUUGGAGACACAUCUAUCUGGAAUAUUGUUAUAUUGCAGGACACACACACAUUGAAUAGUAUAACUCAAUUUGGGUUUCAGGACAAGAGCGGAGACACAUGCUAUUGAGAAUGUAUUGGUAUGCAUUGAGGCGGUGUGGGUGGAUGAUUUGACGACAUUGGCUGUAUUGUCAGAAUGGAUGACCCAGCUGGGGAGCGAAGGAGAGCCGAGUCGGGACAAACGUGAAUACGCUGCUCAUGAGCUUUGAAAAGUGAAUUAGGUGAAUUGUCAGAGGCGAGCGGUGCCCUUCGCACAAUUGCAUGUUAAUCAAUAGUCCCUUCCUGUUUGGCCCCUGGCAGAGCGUAUCAUGGCUCUGAAUUAGAGCAUGGAGCACUGUCAGAUCAAUAGUCAUGGACCGCGCAGGCCAGGGGGCAGUAAAUAAAUGGUUAUGCACGGCAGAGGGGAAGUGAUUGCGACUCUGAAUGGGCAAUUGAGGGCUUAGCUGUGGUUGUACGCUCCGACAGGCGGGUCGCUGUUCGAAAAAACGUCGACACUGAUUUUUCCGACGCCCUUUGUUCAUCUGUUUGCCUGUUUUUUUUUCCAAUCUCGGCGCGCCCUGGGAGAGAGAUAAAGAGGAUCUUAUCACAUUUAAUUUCAGCGAGUGUGUGUGCGCACACAGAUGAUUACAGACGUCAAGUCACGGCUUUGGCGCGGGAAAUAAUACUGGCGGUUGACUCAUGUUGAUUCUCACGUGACGACUCUAUCAUGACCAUCUCGCUGCAGCGCUUUGUUCGCUGGGGAAAUUAGUUCGCCGUAGCUUUUGAUCACCCAAAAGCAGUUAGACUUGCGCGUUUAAAGGCCAAACAUCUUCGGCGUUUAACUUUAUUUUGUAAGGUUUUACUAUAGAUUGUCAUGAUCUCACAUGACUUUAUGAGUUUCUGUAUCAUUUUUGCUCUUCUUUUUGUUGACCGCUUCCUGUUUGCCCACACCACUUCUCAAAUCUGAGCGCUGGCUUCCUCAACUGUCCCUGAUUGGCCAUCGGGACACACCUGUCUCUGGUCGCCAAAUCAGAAUAUGAUCAUGUUGCAUAGUUUGCUUCCACGCUGCGUAGACUUCCCUGUGCUUUUUGCUUUGCUGUGCCUUCACAUGCACGUUACCUGCUGUCUCUGCAUCCUGGGGUCUCGGCCAACGACGCCACACUGAAACGUAACAAUAAUUGUCACACACACCAAAAAUAGAUUUCUUGAAAGUUUCAUCUACACUUUAUUGCCAAAAGUAUUUGGCCACCCAUCCAAAUUAUGAGAAUCAGGUGUCCUAAUCACUUGGCCCGGUGUAUAAAAUCAAACACUUAGGCAUGGAGACUGUUUCUACAAACAUUUGUGAAAGAAUGGGCCGCGCUCAGGGAUUUCCAGCGUGGAACUGUCAUAGGAUGCCACCUGUGCAACAAAUCAAGUCGUGAAAUUUCCUUGCUCCUAAAUAUUCCAAAGUCAACUUCAUUAUAAGAAAAGUGAAGAGUUUCGGGAACAACAGCAACUCAGCCACCAAGUGGUAGGCCAUGUAAAGUGACAGAGAGGGGUCAGCAGAUGCUGAAGCGCAUAGUGCAAAGACUUUCUGCACAGUCAGUUGCUACAGAGCUCCAAACUUCAUGUGACCUUCCAAUUAGCCCACGUACAGUACGCAGAGAGCUUCAUGGAAUGGGUUUCCUUGGCUGAACAGCUGCAUCUAAGCCAUACAUUACCAAGUCCAAUGCAAAGCGUGGGAUGCAGUGUUGUAAAGCAUGUCACUACUGGACUCUAGAGCAGUGGAGACGCCUUCUCUGGACUGAUGAAUCACGCUUUUCCAUCUGGCAAUCUGAUGGACGAGUCUGGGUUUGGAGGUUGCCAGGAGAACGCUACAUUUCGGACUGCAUUGUGCCGAGUGUGAAAUUUGGUGGAGGAGGAAUUAUGGUGUGGGGUUGGUUUUUCAGGAGUUGGGCUUGGCCCCUUAGUUCCAGUGAAAGGAACUUUGAAUGCUCCAGGAUACCAAAACAUUUUGGACAAUUCCAUGGGAUGGCACUUCAAGUUCAUAUGUGAGUAAAGGCAGGUGGCCAAAUACUUUUGGCAAUAUAGUGUACAUCUGACUAUAGCUUUGUCUUAGCUAUUUUUUUAACUUACAGACACUAUAAUUUCCAGACUAUAGGGCACACCUAAAAAUAAGAUCCAAUCACCGGAUUUUUGGACAAAUGUAAUUUUGUACACAUUUAAGUGUACACAUUGAAACAUGAAAUAUUCACACAAGCAUUUUUGUUUAUUUACAAGUUUAACAAAAGGCAGUGCCGACUACACAACAGUAGCCUACCGGAGAAGUCAUUGAGAGCUCUCUUCGUCCUCCUCCUCUUCUUCGGAGUCCGGCAGUUAGGCCUUUCGGGGCCCGUUAGUGGUGGCGGAUUUACGUUUUGUGCGGUGGCUGUUAUGUUUUCCGACUGCCUGGUCGAUCGUCUUGGGCUUUUGGGCUGCGUCUUGUCUCCUGCCUGAUGAGGGUGAGGCCAUAAUGUGCUAAAUGGCUGACUGAAGGAUUGUGUGAGUGCGUUUGAUUUAAUGUGAACAUGUUCAUUGGUCCACCGUGGCCCGUUUGGCAAUUUCAUUGGUCGGAUGUGACAAGGCUAAAUUUAUCGGCAGCAUGUGAAGCUUGUGAACCCAGGAAAAUCCAUAAAUUAGCUGCACUUGUGUAUAAAGUGCAGGGUUCAAAGCGUAGGAAAAAGUAGUGGCUUGUAGUCCGGAAAUUACAGCACAUAACAUCUGGCAGAGGUAAUUAAUCAAAGGAUAAUGAAAUUCUCUUAUCUGUGUGUGUAUGUUUUGUUCCUCUUGUCGCUUCCAAACAGGCCGGGAUUACUCUUUGCUGUUCUACAGCAGAAUGAAAUACACCGAGGGAACCCUCUUGUUAGUAGUCUACUCUCUUUGUUAAAGUAAACGCUCCAAUGCAGCAAUUUCUAAAGAAAAAAUUAAAUUAAAACAGGUCAAGUUGGGUAAGUCCCAUGGGGGAGUGUCUCGUAGCUUUUAGAAGAAUCACUUUUGGACAGGCAGUGUUUUAUAUGGAGCCUCUCAUACUUGGAAUACAAUACAUCCUCUAAAUAGGUGAUCUGCACACUCUCAGCUCAUUUAUCAAACUUCUUAAUAGCUGCUGGAAAAUUAAACCUGCUCCCACAAGCCAACAUAAACCAACUUGAGUUUUUCCUCUUCUUUUUCUACUUUUUGAAAAUACUUUCACUGUAUUGAUUAUAUCAUCAACGUGCUACUGAAACUGUUACUUUAUCUGUUCUAUUUUGUUUUCUUUAAACCAGGGGUCUCCAAACUUUUUGACUUGGGGGCCGCAUUGGGUUAAAAAAAUGUGGCCGUCUUUAUAUUCCAGUGAGUUAAUCCGUUUUGUCAUUUAACAUCAAUUAACAUUGAUGUUCAUCAACAUUUAACAUUGUCACAUUAUCGAUGGGAAAAUUUAUUUUUAGACAAUAGGAUUUGCCUGAGCGGCUAGGAGACACCGAGAGUAACAAGCGGUAGAAAAUGGAUUAGAAAAAAUAAUAAAUAAAAUAAAAAAUAAAAUAAAUGUUUUUUUUUCAAAUUUGGGAUUUCC